AUGUCAAUGCAUUUUAUCAUGAUCCCUGGACAUACCAUUUGGGAUAAGUCCACCAUAAACCAUCGUUCUUUAAGAUGUUCUAGGGUUUCAGAUUUCUCUACGUCAAUAGUAGAAUCGGGGAAAGAUAGUUAAGAAGACAAUAAGAAUGGCGAUGAGAGUAAUUUUGACCAAGAUAUCUCCUUUUGCUUCUUUGGAGGCAUCAUCAUUAGGUUUCAUUGAAGGAGCACAGAGGGUUCGUCGUUACAUUUUUGAUCCAGAAGCUUACCGCAGAGAAAAACUCGACAAGGGAGUGGAUUUGAAGGAGGAUAUGACUAUCGCUGAAUUGGACGAAUUGUUCAGAUCAUCGAGUUUGGAGGAUUUGUGCAAAGUAAAUUGGAACAAGUAUUCAAAAAACAAACUUAGUUUUGCGGAAACUAGGACUGAGAGUACGAAGGAAAUGGAGAGGUUAGUUCGGAAGAUGAUGCUUGAUGAAAUGGAUAAGAAGAAAAAGAAGUUCGUAGAUAGGGAAGAAAAACGAAUCGAUGAUGACAUGCGUAAGGGAAAUUGAUGAUGUUUGAAAGAAUGGGUGCUGUUCUACGAUAACUAUAAGGGACUCGGUGCUGACUGUGUAAACACGUGUACACGUCAUAGAUUCUGCCACGUGUCAGUAAAAAUGUGGCCCCCACAAUACCCAACGGCUGGAUUAUCUCCA